GCUAACCUAUGUUUGCUUCACUUUUGACAUUUCCUUCUUCCCUACUAAAUCUCAACUUUUUUAUUUUUUUUUAUUUUUUGCUUUUAUAAUUCAAGGACUGUUGAAUGGUGUUGAAUCCAAGACCCCACCUAGAUUUUCUUAGGUACCAACCAAGCUAGUGUUUGGCACUAGAAUAAUCAUCAAGAAGUCUUUAAAUAUGAAGAUUUUCCCUUUAGUCUUUGAAGAGAAGCAUUACAUAGAGCUUAUCUUGAUUAGCUUGCUUUAAUGGCUUCUUGUUACUAUCCUGAUAUAUUUUCUUGGGUUCAGAAACUUCCACCAGUUUCUCAAUGGAAAGAAAAUUCCAUGUCCAUAUGCAUAUGUUCUUCUGCUUCAUCUCAACCAUCCCUUAAUCUUUCCGUGAUCAAGAACCCUUUCUCUCCUACUAUUUCCUUCUCUAUAGUUGCAUAUUUCAAUCUUCCCAUCUCUCUUUGGACCUCAAAGCCCAUUAAUACCAACCGUAAAUCCUUCAAAUUAUUAGAUAAUGAAACAGUUUCUAGUCUUCUAAUCAACCUGGUUGAAGAUGUUCUCAGUUAUUGUUCAAACAAGUGUAAAUCCUCCAUCCAAGUUCCAAAGUUAUUGGAUUCUGUUUCCAACAUUAUGGACAUCUUCAAUCUUGUAUUUUUCACACUUUCAUUUCUCAUUUGCAUCUAUGAAGCUCCUGCUGAUCUCAGGUCCAAAUGGCUUGAUAAUCUCAAGACUCAACUUACUAAUUCUCAGCUAAGAGAAGCAUUGAAAUUGUUUAUGAAAACCAUAGGAUCCAAUCUUGAAGAGCAAUGGAUGCGUUCAGUAAAUCUUGCAAUUACCAACUGGAUUCCAGAGCUCCAAGCUACUAAUACAACUUUGAAGACACCAUCACCACUCUUUUCUUACUCACUUUCAACUUUCGAACUAUGGAAAGUUCAGUUAUAUUGUCCUAUCAUCUCCAUGGAUAUUGAAAGUUCAAGCAACUCUUCAGCUGAUGAGAGACUGCUUUUUUCCCUUAAACACCAUCAACUUGAAGGUGUAAUCCAGUUCAAUUACAAAGUCAUCAUUCAAGAGGAGUGGGUUGAUGUGAUUGUAGUUAUAGAUAAUAUAAGAUGUGAUAUUGUCCGACUGGUGAAUGAUACUCUCAUGAAAGAACAAGGAGUUGGUAUUGAAGAGAAGCAUUUUCCUUCAAGAAUAUCUUUACAUCUAACACCAAUUCUCCAAACCAACAUAAUAAGUGUUUCAGUAAGCAAAUCUUCAGAUAAUCCAACGACAGAGAUUGAAGUAGGAAAAAGCAUUGAAACUUCAUUUGACCCUCCUAAUUCUUUCUUGGGGCUUAAGCUUGCAGUUGGAGAGACAAUAUCUACAAGCUUGAAACCUUGGAAAUUUGAGGAAUCAGUUCAUGGGUAUAGCUCAAUAUUGAAUUGGUUUCUUCAUGAUAGCAUGGAUGGACGAGAAGUAUCCUCCUCAAAACCUUCAAAGAUGGCUUUGAUCAACCCUAAAGCUUGGUUCAAACACAGAUAUUCAAAUGCUCAUAGACCUUUCAAUAGGCAAGGUGGGGUGGUGUUUGCAAAGGAUGAGUAUGGAAAUGGUAUAAGAUGGAAGGUUGACAAAAGUUCCAUGGGGAAGACAAUGGAGUGGGAGAUUAAAGGGUUUAUUUGGUUAACAUAUUGGCCUAAUAACUAUAUAACAUUUCAUAGUGAAACCAGGAGAUUGGAAUUCAGAGAAAUUCUUCAUCUUACCAUAGCUUAAUUAGGUAUAUGAUUAAGUUUCCCACAUAUCAUCAUCAACUUUGUAGUUUCCGCAAGGUAAUUAAUUACCUCUUGAUGUUCUUCAAUUUCUGUUCUAGAAUAAUAAAGAUGAAUAUUUUAUUA